AUGGGGCUCGCCAUGGCGCCCUCCUCUCUCUCCUUCCUCUCCGCGCAACCCCUCCACCCCCGCCGUCUCCACCGCCAAACCGCCGCCCCCACACCUACCGUCCGAUGCGCCGCCAAGGCGGCUGCGGAUGCGCCGGCCCUGCGGCCCCUGCCGCCACCCAAGCUGGUCCGCUGCCCGGCGCUGGACCGGCAGGCGGCGCGUGCGAACCGGCUUCGCUUCGCCCGCAAGCUCCUCACCCUGCUGCUUUCCAAGCCGCGCGGCUUCCUCCCGCUCCGCGUCCUCCGCCGCUGCCGCGGCUUCCUCGGCCUCCCGCGCCGCCGCCCGCUGGUCCCCUUCGUGCUCCGCUACCCGACCCUCUUCCGCCUCUUCCAGGCCCCCACCUCCAGCCCCCUCUCGCCCUCCCUCUCCACCCUCGCCGUCGGCCUCACCCCCGCCGCCCACGCGCUCGCCGCCGACCUCGCCGCGCUCCGGCGCGGGGCCGACCUCGCGGCCAAGCUCCACCGCCUCCUCCUCAUGACCCCCCGCCGCAGCCUCCUGGUGUCCAAGCUCGCCCACAUCGCCCCCGACCUGGGCCUCGCCAUGGACUUCCGCGCCACGCUCUGCCCCCGCCACCCGGACCUCUUCGCCUUCCACGGCCACGCGCUCCAGCUGGCCGACCCCCCGCCGCCGCCCCCCGCGCCGCUCCCACCGCCGCUCCGCCCCGCCGCCCAGACCGACCGCCUCAUCGACCGGCCGCGGAGGUUCCCGCACCUCCCGCUCCGGCGCGGGCUCAACCUCCGCCGCGCGCACCGGGACUACCUCCUGCGGUUCCACACCCUGCCCGAGGUCUCCCCGUUCGAGCCGUUGCCUCAAGACGCGAGCGCGGAGAUGGCGGAGCGGCGUGCCUGCGCGGUGGUGCGGGAGGUGCUGGCGAUGACGGUGGAGAAGCGCACGCUGGUGGACCACCUCACGCACUUCCGCAGGGACUUCGGGCUGCCCAACCGGCUGCACGCGCUGCUGGUGCGCCACCCUGAGCUCUUCUACGUGAGCAUCAAGGGCGUGCGGCAUUCGGUGUUCCUGGUGGAGGCCUUCGACGACGAGGGGAGGCUUCUGGUGGAGGAUGCCAUGCUCGUUGGCAGGGAUCGGCUGGAGGAGCUUGUCCGGGAGGGCAAGCGGAUCAGGCGGGCUGACAGGAAUGGUGUGUUUGCGGUUGAUGGCGACAGUGAUGAGGAUGAUGAGGGAGAUGACAAUGUAGCAGAGGGUUCGUCUGAGUUGGAUGGUGAUUUUGCAGACUUGUUUGGAGAUAGUAUCACUGGGGAGGACUGGAAUGUGGUGGGUGAUGGAGGUGGGAUCGACGAAGAUGAUGCCGAAUCGGAUGCUAUGGAGGAGUUUUGGGUGAAGAAGGCUGUGGCACAAGGGCUGGUUGACAGUGGCACUGAGCAUGAUGUUUGGUGAGGAGUGUCGAUGUGCUAGGCAAAUUUUGCCUGGGCUGUUGAUAAAGACCACUGAUUGCUCAAAUGCAUUCUUCUCAGUUAUUUACAGUAGCCAGAUGCCCAGAAGUAUUAUUGCAUAAUUUGAGAGCUUUUGAUAAUGAAGGUGAAAGGUAUUUUGUUGCUUGCGGACUAAUUUGAUGAUGUCCCUGGGGAGGACUGGAAUGAGGUUCGUGAUGGAGGUGAAAUCGAGGGGGACUAUGGAGACGAUGCUGAAUCGGAUGACAUGGAGGAGUUUUGGGUGAGGAAAGUUGUGGCAGAGGGACUGGGGCAGCGAGCAUGAUGUUUGGUCACGGACUCACGGGUGUUCAGAACAUAUCAUUUUGCCCAGGCUGUUAUUGAGGACCACAAAUUGCUCAAAUCCAUUCUCCUCAGCUAUCUGCAUUAGCCAGAAAGUACAUAACUUGGGAGCUUUGGUAAUGAAGAUGAAGGAUUACAAAUUGCACAGAGGCAUUCUUCUCAGCUAUCUACAGUAGCCAGAAGUAUUAGUGCAUGACUUGGGAGCUUUGGUAAGGAAGGUGAAGCUGAAGAUGGAAGGUAUGUUCUUGUUACUUGUGAUGCUCAACCAAUAAAUUGUACUUCUAAAAGGACCUUUCAGCUUGGGAUGUGUAAAUCUUCUUGCCUAGCUUGUAAUUAAGAAAUAUGGAACCUAUAUAUAAG